CUCUUACCAUCACUCUUGCUACUUGAAAGUUGAAGAUGCCAAAACAUUACUGUGACUAUUGCGAUGUGUUCUUGACCCAUGAUUCUACGUCUGUUCGCAAAGCCCACAACUCGGGCAGGAAUCAUCUCCAGAACGUGAAGGACUAUUAUGCCUCACUCGGACAUGACAAGGCCCAGGAUAUUAUCGACCAAAUCACGAAAGCCUACGAGUCCGGUCUUCCUCCAGGCGGCGCAGGGUUUGGCGUUGGCGCACUCGGCGCAGGGCAGGCGCCUCCUAUGGGGUUCCCGCCUGGCAUGCCACCUCCGCCGCCGCCGGGUAUGGUACCCCCACCUGGGAUGUUUGGGAUUCCACCCCCACCACCGGGGAUGAUCCCUCCUGGGGGAGCACCUCCGUUCCCUCCAUCGGCGCCGGGGUCGGGACUGAGACCGGCGGGUAUGACAGCUGCACCUCCUUUCCCUCCUGGCCCUGGGUUCGCGCCUCAGGGAAUGCCGCCAUUCCCUCCCUCUGGACCUCCGUUCCCCCCGACUUCUGCACCGAGUUAUGGCCCGCCGGCAGAUGGCACUCCGAGUGGGGGGGGUAUGCACCCUGACAGGAUGAGGAUGAUGCAGGGUCGAUGAGCGGAUGAGAGGCGAUUCAGAUUACACUGUAUUUUCUUCUGGGUUUUGUAAUGCAAAUUUUCUGUAACUCUUCAGGUGCAGUGAUAUCCAAGUAAGA